AUGGCUUGGGAAAACUGGACUACGGUGACAGAAUUUGUUUUCAAGGGGUUCACGGAUCGCCUUGACUUCCAAGUUACCCUCUUUGUCAUUUUCCUGCUCAUCUAUGUCAUCACUGUGGUGGGAAACCUUGGCAUCAUUGCUGUAGUCUGGCUUGAUUCCCACCUUCAAAUGCCCAUGUACUUCUUUCUCAGCAACUUGUCCUUCUUGGAUCUGUGCUACUCUUCAGUUGUGACACCCAAAAUGCUGCUUAACCUCUCAUCAGAAAGGAAGACUAUUUCUUUCGCUGGCUGCUUCAUACAGCUGUAUUUCUACGCUGCUUUUGUAACUGUGGAGUGUUACCUCCUGGCCGCGAUGGCAUGCAAUCGCUAUGUUGCCAUCUGCAACCCGCUGUACUACCCCAUCGUCAUGUCCCAGAAGGUCUGCGUUUCCCUCUUGGCUGGGUCCUACAUAGCUGGGUUUGUGAAUUCAGUGGUGCUCACGGGGUUUGCGCUGAGAGUAUCCUUCUGCGGCCCCAAUGUCAUUGACCACUUCUUCUGUGAUGGCCCACUGCUGUCAAAACUGGCCUGCUCUGACACCCGCCUCAACCAAGUGCUGGUACUUGCUUUUGGGGGCUUCAAUGAGGUCACCACCAUAUCAGUCAUCCUCAUAUCCUACGGCUGCAUCCUAUUCACCAUCCUGAGGAUGGGCUCUGUGCUGGACAAGUGCAAAGCUUUUGGUACCUGUGCAUCCCACCUGGUCGUCAUCACCAUCUUCUACGGGACCCUUCUCUUCAUGUACCUGCUGCCCAGCUCCAGCUACUCCCUGGGGAGGGACAAAAUUGUUUCUGUCUUUUAUGCGGUGGUGACCCCCAUGCUGAACCCCUUCAUCUACAGCCUGAGGAACCAGGAGGUGAAGAGUGCUCUGAAGAGAGCAGUGGGGAGAAUAGGUUGGAGUUCAGACUGGAAGAGAAGCUGGGACAUCUAUAGCUCAUGUGUAGGUCCAUAUGUCAUGCUGACCUGGAGCAAGGGAAAAAUCAACUCUACCGAAAGAAAUAGCGUGAAUUGUAAACUCCUGAAAGUGUUCCAGACACUGAAGGAAGCUGGUAUCUAUUGA